AUGGAUGAAAGAGUACCCGCGGAAUUUGUCGGCUCGCUUCCGAGGUGGGAUUGCGGUUGUUUGCACAUCGGAUUUGGUAUGGUAACUCUUGCAUGGCUUCAUUCCUGUGAUCAACUUGAUGAAGCAUGGACUUGCUGUGGUACCAUCAUGGAUAUGGUCAUUUGUUACCUUUCUCAAUCCCCUAAUGCAUUUAUUGGUAUUCAGAAUGCGUAUAGUUGGGGUUACUGCUCCUAUAAUGGGUAUUGGACUGUACCGAAUGAAUUGGUUCCAAUACAUUUACUUCCAACGAUUUGUUCAACUGAGAAAAUUGUCGGUUUGGUAAAGCAAGCUAAUUUUGGUUUACCAAUUGGUGCAAAACUUUUAGCAUCUUGCGGUGAUCUUCAAAGUACCGUUUAUCCAUUGCUUGAACCUGGAAUCGCUGUAUUAAAUUUGGGAACAUCAGCACAGUUAUGUUUUUUACCAACGGUGAAUCAAAUGGUUUUCUCUCCAUUUCUUACGAAACCAUUCUUUGAUGAGAGUGGAAAAAAGAAGAUAAUCGUGAUCGCAUCAAUGAAUGGCGGUAACGCCAUUAAUCUGAUCGCAGAGAAAAUCGUUGAAUGGGCCUCAAAACUUGUCUCAGGUACCAAUGAUCUUCAGAUAGAUUAUGAAAAGUUAAGCAAUAUAUUAAAUGAAACUGGGAAGUGCUCGUCGUCUACAAUUAAUGUUCAACCAGUGUUUUUACCCGAACGCGCGGAUAAUAUUUCGUCAUGUAUUACUGGAAUCAAUUCAAGUACCACAGUCGAAGAAUUGCUACAUUGUACAGCCUGUGGAAUUAUUUCCAAUCUAUUCCGUCUUUUUCCGCCUUAUCAACUUCGAAAAUGGGGAAUUGAAUGCAUCAAAUUAGCUGGCAAUGCAAGUAGAAAUUAUUUCAUCGACGAAAUAAUCCGCCAGUGUCAAGGAUUACUCGAAAUUUCCUCUUCAUCUGAUGAAUAUUCGAAAUGCAGCUAA